AUGGAAGGAGCGGAUUCUGAAAUGUUAGGGUCGAUUGCAAAAUUAAGUCACAUCCUUCGACCUCAACGACAAUACAUGGAUCCGGCUCUGUAUCGAGCGGCCCAAUCAGGAAACUGGGAAGUAAUCAAAGAAUACUCCAAAGAAGAUCUCAAAAGGAGAACUGGAAAUGGAGACAGUGUCCUCCAUGUCCUCGCCCAAUCAGGUGACACUCCUGCGAUUGUGAACGCAGUUGCCCAGAUCCUAGCUGCGGAACCCGGCCUGGUUCACAAGAGAAAUCGGAAUCAAGAAACUCCGCUGGUUACUGCAUCCAGAAAAGGGCACUCCAACGUCGUUCGAGCGCUUCUCGAUUGUCCGAGGAGAAUCAACGUUGUCUCACUAUAUCGGGACUUGUGGUUGCAUCCAUUCGUUUCGCUAAUCCGGUUCGCAGGAUUCAAACUUGACAGUCCAGGUCAGGCUGAGUCAGCCGCAUUUUCCAUGGCUGUUAGGCAUAACAGGUACGACAUUAUUGAGUUGUUUAUGGAAAAAAGGCCGUCUUUAUUUCGGUAUCUUGAGACUAGUAGUCCAGUCGACCGGGUUCUGAUCCGCGCGCUCAGAUGGAGUAUCCGGCCAACCAAAACACAGGUGAAUCAAUGGGCCAAAAGUCCUUUAUACGUGGCAGUUGAAAAAGGCUACCACAGAAUUGUAACUUUAUUGUUGUCAAGCCGGGGAUCAUUUCCUUAUUAUGGUCCCGGACAGAAAACGAUCUCGCACGCCGCGGCAGCUAGCAAUUCCCCUGAGUGUAUGCGGAUUAUCUUGGAGAAAAGGCCUGAUAUCAUGAAGGAGGUGGAUGUGUAUGGAUGGAGUGCUUUACAUUAUGCUGCUGUGUUAGGUCAUACGGAAAUGGUUGAACAACUAUUGUCAAAAGACAGCUCCAUUGGCUAUCUCGUGGCAGGACACGACGAGUGCAAGAUCCCGCUUCAUGUUGCUGUAAUUCAUGGGCAUCUGGAUGUGAUACAGAGAAUUUUGUUUCGCUGUCCUCACAGUUGGGGGAUGAUCACUUCUAAAGCACAGAAGAUACUUCAUCUCGCAAUUGUCAACGAAUGCCAAAAUGUUUUAGACUACAUUUUACAGAAUUCUUGGGCUUCCGAACUCAUGAAUGAGAAGGAUUUGUAUGGGAAUACUCCUCUUCAUCUUUAUGUUUCUACAAAAAACAUACAAGGUUACGGUCUUAUAAAUCAUCCCGGAAUUGACAUGAGUGUUCUCAAUAAGAAAGGCUCGACUCCAUUGGAUACACUAACAGAAGGGAGAGGCCUAUUCACCAGAAGACAGGUUUUGCUUAGAGAUGAGCGGUUAGCAGGCGCUAAUUCAGGGCUGAGUUGGGCAGUACCCAAAGUGAACAAAGAAUUGGGAGAUGAGAAACUGAAAAAUGUAAAGACAUACAUGGUUAUCUCGACACUAAUUCUCACUAUGACAUUUGCGGCUGGAUUGGCCGUGGCAGUUGGCUACAACAGCAGUAAGCCGAAUGAAGGCGCGCCGUCCGUGUUGGCUAGAAAAGCGGCAUUCAUUGUCUUCGUUGUUGCAGAUUCAUUAUCCAUGCUGUUAACAAUCGGUACAAUGCUCUUACAAAUUUUUCUCAAAGAGCAACGCGCAAUCUGGAGGAAGCUAGAUAUAUUCCGUGACAUUAAGGUGUACAUGUCCUCAGCCUUGGUACUUCUGGUGGUAGCAUUCGUGAGCGGCCUCUGUUCGGUGAUCCCUAUUCGAGGCCUCGACAUUUAUUCGAUUGUUGUAGGUUCCAUCGUUUGUCUUCCUGUAGCUUUUUACACUGUUCGUUUAAUAUGGACGUACUGGGUGAUAAGAGAUAUUACUGGAGAACCAGACAUCUAUAUUAGAUAUAGUGAUGUGUAA